GGUCUUUGGGUAUGUAGUUGCUUGGCGGGAUGUCUUUUAGUUUAUCUGGUCAUUUCAAGGGUUUUUACAGUAGUGUAACGUUUUAGAUUUGUAGAAACAAUGUUUUUUGAUCAUCUCGUUAGAUAUAAUUUUGUGGUGGAUAUAAUAGUGUGAAAGGACUGGGAAGGACCUUGGAAUCAGGACGCCACAUGUACUUAGGAAAGGUAUAUAAUUUAUAUAAGGGAAGUUUUGUCGUAUAAGGAAUUAAGUACAAAUGGAUGUUCACCCGGGUUUUUCUUAUCCUCCCGGUUUUUAAGUAUGUAAAUCCAAGGGAUGUGCAUCUUAGUGCAGCACAUUCUCUGUAGAUCUAUCAAUCAUUUGAUUAGCGAUUACUCACAACCGUUUAGUUUUAUCUGCAAAAACUCAUGGAAAAACUGUCAGGAUGGUGCUAAUGGACAAUUGUCCGGCGACUAUAUUUGUCAGUUAUGAUGGACCGUUUAUAAACGGUCAAUACAUAUAGUCUCCACAAAGGUUCGUUGUAGUUAGUACCUUACUGAUAACAAUAAUGCCUCAUUAGUCCUCAAGUGAUACGAUCUCCUUGUGAGAAAUCGAAAAAUCCAAACAUCAAUACAAAAGCUUACUAAGAAACAACUAUUUGUGGUAAAAAUUUAUUAAGUUGGUUCACCUAUAGAAAAACAAACAAAUUAAUAGUAGUACAAUUUUAGAAAUCAAUCCGUUCUACUAAUACAAAAAAAGUUUUGGCGAACGAUAUUCCUAGUUGUCUUUACUUAGCGUGUAAUAUUUCAUAACGCAGCUGGUUUAAUCAUGUACUUUGCACUUAACUGUGACUAGAAAGAUGAUUGACUGAUAUUAUAAUCUGCUUUGAAAUCAGUAAACAUUUAUGCAUUUAAAAAUAUAGUGUGUGGCUAGUCUGAGAAAAGUAUCUCAUAGAAAACAUGUUACUCGGCCUCAAAAGUAACUACAGUAAUAAUUUGGUAGUCUUCUUAGCCAGUCAAAAAUAAUAUAAAACUGAAUGAAAAUAUGAAUCGGUAUUAGGAAAAGUUAGAAAGAUGCAUAUAAAAAGCCGAAGUAAUGUCAUCAUCAUUGGUCAAAAACUACCUACAUAAUCCAAAUGAAACUAAUUAAAUACGUAAGUAAAAAUAAUAAUCUUAAAAGUACGUAUUUAUUACGAUAACCGAUCUAUAAAGCUGUCACCUAAGGUCUUCAAAUUUGAAUUAUGACUUGCGGACACUAUUUUGGCAGAUUGUAAGGUCGGUUCACUCAGACAUUUAUUGCUUUCGUAACUUGUUUCUUUAUAGUUAGGGUCUUCCUAGUGGCUUUUUCUGAUAGUUCUCCAGAUGGUGAAAGCUUUUGGCAGUUAUAUUCAUAUAUGAAGUCUCUGGGAGGCAAUUGAAUAAGCAUUUUUCUACUCUGUUCAACAGUUUGUAGUAUAAUGUUCUACAGCUGAGGCAUGGAUGUGAAGGUUAGUAGUUGUAAACUAUGGAUACUCGAUUACAAGUGCCUUAGAACUAUUAUUUGUACAUGGCUAGACCAACGAAUAAGCACUGUUAUGGUUGAGGGUUAUGUUCUUAGCAGCGAAAGUUAGUCGAUAAACUUAAAAACUCACCAUCCUUCGUAGCUGGGUCACAUGUUACCCACUUUAAAACACAAUAUGGGUUGACAUAUAUCAUUUACUUAACUCAUAAUAGGAAACCGAAAAUUCAUCAUACGAAUGUCUUUAUCACACUGUAAGGGACCUCUCUGCCACUUUAUCUUUUAUAUUUCGCCUUCACUCACAUGCUAUCGUUUUCAGUUUUAUCUCUCCAAAGCCCUGUAAGUGUCUUAAUUUGAUGUUUAAUUUAAGGAAUUACAUGUCAGUUCGCAACUUUAUCUACCUUACUUUCUUCAUUUUUUUAUUUUGUUUCCAUCUCUACUAGAUACAUCGUACAUAUUCGUUUUCAAAUAUCUAUGUGAAUCAUUUUUAAAUAUCACAGAUGUCUGCUGGUUUAGAAUCCGCUCAGUGUUUCGAUGACACAUCGGUUGUACUUGAUGACUUUGUUUCCAAGUUUGCUUCUCCUUUGAAUAAAUUUGGAGCGUUUGCUGAUUCACCUGAACUACACCAAACUCUUGCACACGCUGAGUUGACGAUUUGUCGAAUCCGGGCUUACUAUAAUCUCAUUCAAGAAAUUUGUCAACAGUCUGUUAUUACUGGUGAAGCAUUUUCCUCUUCUCUGUUUAAAUUGGCCAAAUGCAUUGGAUUGGGUUUAGAUCAAAAACAGUCAUGGUCUUUUAAUUCAAAUUUUUCAAGGGAAUGGAAUAAUUUUGGCACACAGAAGAUACUUAAUCAUGCUACCCAUCUAACAAGUUUAUUUGCAGAACAAACAAGAAAGUUAGCCACUAAAAUAUCUGAUAUAGAACAUAUUUUAUCAAAAAAUAACGAUAGCCUAAAUAAGUUGCAUGAUCUACGAACAAAUUUUCAACGUGCUUAUGAGCAUCUUGAUAAUGUUAUAAAUCGUGCUGCUUCAGCGAAUCCAACACGAUCUCCUGUGGAUUUACAAUUAUUUGACGAUCAAGUUAAAGAGGCUCAAAAAAUUUAUCAGAGGACAGCAAUAGGCUAUUUAUCCCAUCUUCGUCAAGUAAUUGGACCAAACUAUAUUAUUUCAUAUAUGCGAUUGGUAAUAUUGGCACUUUCUGUUCAACAAUCUUAUUCAGAACAAUUGGGUUUAUUAUUUAAUAGUUCCAGUAAAACAAACAGUCUAACUUCCUCAAUAUUGGUUCAGCAGUGUAAACAGUUAAUCACUAGCAUUGAGCAGAAAACAAAUACUGAAGUUCCCAGUAAAAUUAAACCAUCAGAAACUGCAGCUGUUGAAAUAAAAGCUACUACAAAUCUGAACAACCCACCGAACCCUCGACUGGAAGGUUACUUAUUCAAGAGAAGUGGAAAGAAAGGUUGGCGUACAUGGUCUCGGCGAUGGUUCCGUGUACAUGAAAACCAGUUAGUUUAUUGUAAACGUUUCCAUGGAUUGACAUCUACAGACCUCCAGUCUGCAACUGAUACAGUGUCCACGGAAUUAAACCGAAGGGUUUGUACAUCUGUAUCGAAUACUGAUCGUUUGACAAAUGGAAUUGUAAAUAAACAGUCUGAAUGUGGUCUUCUGACACAGUUACUUUGUCAAGCUAACCCACAAUGGACCGUUAUGGUAACUGAUCUUAGAUUUUGUACGGCCCGGAUUACCCAACCAAAUAAACGAUUGACAGCUGCAGAGAAACCUAUAAACUUAUUGAAUAAUUCUACAGAUCGUCGAUUUGUUUUUGAAGUAAUAUCCUCAGGCCAUCGAACAUAUUAUUUACAGGCUAUUAACGUAAAUGAACUGGAUAUUUGGGUUAAUACUUUACGAUCUGGUUUUCAUGAUUUAUGCCAAACUAGUGAACCACAUUAUUUAAAGAAUGGAAUGGUGAGAGAAAAUUUUGUCAGCAAUUCUCUGGAUCUUUUAACUUCUCGCAGUCCAACUCAAAAUAGUUUGGACUUUUCUAACAGCCCAACAACUAGUUCUGUGUCAGGAUUCCCAAAUGGUCGUACGAAUGACCAUUUAGCUCAAGUGUCCCAUUCAUCUAUUUCAGGUCAAGAUGUAUUGAAUAAUAAAAGUGGAAUUUUGCUAUGGCGUGAGCCUGAUUUGUCUGGUAAUCGUUAUUGUGCUGAUUGUUCUGUAGGAGAUGCAAGAUGGGCAAGCAUUAAUCUGGGUGUGACAUUAUGUACGUUGUGCGCUGCAGUUCAUCGCAGUUUAGGUGUUCAUAUUUCUAAGGUCAGAUCAUUGACCCUAGACAACUGGCAACCGGAGUUAUUACAUGUCAUGUUGAAUUUAGGUAACAAACUUGUAAAUGAAAUUCUCGAAUCAAAUUGGCAACGUUAUGCAUCAGAAUUUCCUCGUUUAUCAUCUGACACACCAUUUGAGCAACGUAAAGCUUGGAUUGAGGCUAAAUGGGUUCGUUUUAAAUUUGCUCGUCUUUCUCUACCAAUUGAAGAAAAAGUCUCUGAUUCAACGGAAGCUGUUCAGUGGAUUAAACAGCUAUAUGAUAAUUGGCAAGAAGCAUGUGCUCAAAUACGUCAGGAUUUUCCGGAACUUAUCUAUCAUCCUAAAUCGUCAUCCUCAUUAUCAUCAAUUUAUAUAUCAAGUAGUCCCGACAGGAAAUUAACUCGACAUAAUAUUCGUCGAUAUACUCUUCUAAACGAACUGUUAAAUGCUAUCAAAACCUUAUAUGAAAAAAACAAGUCAAGCAUAAAAAAUGGAUCAAGGGCACAUUCGAGAUUAAUUGAACAGAAAAUUGCUGCAAAUUAUUUAGUUAGUUAUGGUGCUCGACUUGGUUGCCCACUUCUUAUUUUAUCCGGUCUUACUGGAGGUGGUAGUCCAGAUGGAAAAUUAAAAACUGAUGAAAUAUCUACCAGUAGUUACCCUCCAUUAAUACUGGCUUCACGUAUUGGUUCUAUAGCAGCAUGCGAGUUUCUACUGUUAAAUGGUGCAGAUAUCGAUAUAAAAGAUGACCGAGGUCGGACGGCGUUGCAUCACGCUUGCCAAUUUGGUCGUGUUCAUCUGGUCUGUUUAUUAUUACGUCGACGAGCUAAUCAGCUGAUCUCUGAUAACGAUGGCAAAUCACCAUUAGAUGUGGCAUUACAGUUAGCCAAUGCUGAUAUUGUUACAUUGCUACGAUUGCAACGGUUAAAUGAGACUGCUAAGAAAUCUGACUUCACAUUGAACGAUGAAACAGUCGAUGAUGUAUUUCGCGACUUCACCUCUCGUACUUACUAUUUGAAUUGUGAUGAUAAUUUCGAUGAUGAUGAAGUUGAUGAUCAUAAUCACGAAAUAGCAAAUCAGAAUCUUGAAUCAUAUAACCUCUCUCCAUUACAUUGUCUACCAAAACCAGAAAUAACAUACACUACGAAUAAAGUUAUUAAAAUCCGAUCAAAUUAUGGAUUGAGUUCAUCGAUUCCCAGUAGUAAUAGUAGUACUAUUAGUAGCAGUACUAAUACUACCAAUACUACUUCUACUAAUAUUACUAUCACAUCAACUCCUACCACCAAUCGUGAAAUUCUUAUUGUGACUUCUCCUACUAAUCGUGAUUUUACUAGUCCAACUCAUUUAUCUGGUGGUGCUGUUGAUGUUCGGCGGCGACGUGACAAAAUUAAAAGACGUUCUGAUAAAAUGUAGUAAAUGAUUAAAUCAUCUAAUUUUUUAUUCAAUAAUUAUUUCCUUAUUUCCAAUUACUGGAUCCUGGAAAGAUGCUUCUUUAUAUUCAAUCAAAAUUACUUGCUGAUUUGAUCUCUUGUUAUUACUUAUUAUUAUUAAUCUUGUACUUUAUAUCCUGUUUAAUAUGUGAACAUGUUAUUUAUUUUAAAUGGAUUACAGAUAAUAAAUGACGUCAAUUUUUGGUUUCACUUGAUCAUUUGUCUUAAAAGAAUGUUUUCUAAUAGAUUCAUUCCAUAAACUUAGUGUUAGUGAUAUGCUUAAAACUAUCUGUAAACAAUAUUCCAUUAUUAUUACUAUUCAAAAUUUCACAGAAAUUAAUUGAAAUUAGUGAAAUAUAGCUUCAUAGUAAGAUGCCAUUUGUUAUAUUGUUGUCUUAUUCCUCUCAACUUGAUGAACAUAUAUAACCGGUACAUUCAUUACUACUAUUAUUAUCACUAUAGAAAUCUCAUUUAUUUCCUUAUAAUUUGUUUGUUUUUCGUUUUAAAUUUUCUUCAUUUCUAUCAUUUUAUUUUCUUGUAUUAAUUUCAGUUUUAAUUAUUCUUUUGUUUUGUAUAUGACAAUAAAACCUUUCAUUUAAUAUUUUGGAGUAACAUAUACUUCUAUAAUACAUUACGUAAUGUUUGCUUUACUGUUUUGUGAUGUUAGCUGAAAUAGUAGUAGUAGUUUUCUUUGUUCUUGAAAACCAUGUACCAAAUUAGUUGUAUCUUAUUCACUUAGGGGGGGUAGCCCCCUUAAGAAAACCACCUGCUUCGGUUUUGGCACCCGAGCAGUAUCCCAGCCUUCAUCAAAAAUCGAAUAAUGAAGUGUGACGCAUAUGUAUUCAAUGCCACUUUGUACCAAUAUUUAUGUGUUUAAAUGAUAAUAAUAAAUUCGAUCACGAGACU